AUCGUGGCGUUCAAGGAGGGCGAGCAGAAGGAGAAGGAGGGGAUGCUGCGGCUCCGUCACGCCAACUCUCAGAAGGCUGCCCCGCCUCUGCCGGGCCCGGGGCCCCCGUCGUGCGUGUGCGGGCAGCCGGCGGGGCCGGGCAUGCUGCAGUGCCAGCUCUGCCGGGACUGGUUCCACGGCUCCUGCGUGGCCUGGCCCCGCCUGGGCGCCCAGAAGCCGUCGCCGGCCUGGUGGGAGUGGGACGCCAAGUUCCUGUGCCCGCUGUGCCAGCGCUCGCGGCGCCCGCGCCUCGAGACCAUCCUGGCGCUGCUGGUGGCCCUGCAGAAGCUGCCGGUGCGGCUGCCCGAGGGGGAGGCCCUGCAGUGCCUCACCGAACGGGCCAUCACCUGGCAGGACCGCGCCAGGCAGCUCCUGGCCUCACCCGACGUGGCCGCGCCCCUGGAGCGACUGGCGGCCCUGAGGCACCGCCUGCACGGGGACAGCGGGGAUGGGGUGCUGCGGGAGAGCAGGGGCAACGAGCAGACCAAGGUGUCGGUGGAGAACGGGGACGCCCCCAGCCCGGAGAAGAACGGCCCCCUGCCCUCGGAGCUGGAGGCCCUGAGCGCGGCGCUGCCCCGGCUCCAGGGGCCGGUGCUGGAACUGGCCGAGGGGACGCGGCGGCCGCUGGAGGAGCUGAUGAUGGAGGGGGACCUGCUGGAGGUGACACUGGACGAGGCCCAGAGCAUCUGGCGGCUGCUGCAGGCGACCCGGCCCCCACCCCUGCCCCUCUUCCGGCUGCUGCUCGAGCUGGAGCAGGCGGAGCGACGGGGGGCUCGUGCCCGCGGCCGGGACCCCGAGAGGCGUCGGAAGCGCCGGGGGGAGCGGGGGGACCUCCCCCCCCUGGCCAAGGAGGAGCUGGAGCCAAAGAGGAGUCGGGGGCCCGAGGGGGGGGACCCCCGGGACAGCCCCCAACCCGGCCCCCAGGCCCCAGGGGACUCGUGACGUGGAGCCCCCAGCUCGGACGGACGCUCCUGCCGCCGGUGGGGAUGGACUGGGGGGGGGGUCACACCGGGCCCCCCCCACCCUGGGACCCCCCGACUC